UCCCGCCAAACAGGAUUUCAAAUUGUGGGAAAGGGCGACGCCUUUUUACAAAUGAUAACGAUGUAAACAUUAACAGCUGUUAUUUUUGUUGCACCCUUAAGUAUUGAUUUUUGACGGAACUCGGAUUGCCGUCGCAGACUCGCGGCGUCAGACCGUGUUAUUCAGCCAUAUAUUAUACACCUAGUUAUAUUUUUUUAGUUUGUGGUACAGCAGAACAGAUGAAACAGAUUUAAUCCAAUCUUUAUCUGUAGUGGUACAGCCCAAAGUAAUUACUUUAUGGUACACCCCAUCCAUAUAUUUAAUCAACUAUUGUUUUUGUGUUGUCGAUCAUUUGUCAUCGCGGAAACGGACUCCGUAGAUAUCAUACAGCGACGUCGGCCAAAUCAAUGAUUAUAAUUAUAAUAAAGUAAUAGAACACUUUUAACUUAUGACUUUUCUCACUUUUAAAAUUAAAAUUGAAUGCCGAUUUGUUCAUUUUGAUGAUUAAGUACCUACUAUCGAUAUCAGUUUUCGUCUUAGUUAAAUUAAUCAAUUAAUUAAAAUUAAAAUAAUACAUUUAUAAUAAUAUUAUACCACUUAACCAUGACUGAACAUUUCGUUUCAUUUCACAUUCGCUGUAAAAAAGAAUUAUUUGAAAUGAAAAUAAAACCUCCAAUAGAUUUACCUGGAUUCGUUGAAAGCCUGAAAAAUGAAUUAAAAUUGGAUGAAAUAGACGAUAUCGUCGUAUUAUUUCCAGUAGCUGAUGGAAAGAUGAUGGAAAUACAAUCAGAUGAUGACUUUGAAUUUUUUAAGAAUAACAAAAUAAUCUACGAUGCUGAAGAGGAACAAAUUUGUUGCAAUGUAGAACUUGUGGUAAUUAUUGUUCAUAGACUGCCAGAUGACCCAAAUGCUAAAUUUCAAAUUUUAUCAAAUAGAUUGGACCAGUUAACAUCUCAAGUUGAUAAAUUAUCAGAUAUAUUUAACAAAAAAAUGAAUGAAGAUAAUUCUAGUGUUGUUGCAGCUAUAUUUAGGUCAAUUUUGGCUGAGAACUCAGAGAUAGAUUUGGGAAACAAAUUAAAGAAAAAAUCUCCAGGCGAACCAAGUAAGCUCAACUCAUCAAACUUGAAACCCGAAAAUGGUCAACACAAAAAAAAAACAAAGAAGGGUAAGGAAAAGUCGUCGUCAACAUCUACUUUUGAAACAAGUUAUAUUAAAUCUCGUCAACCUUGAUUGAACACUUUGGAAAAUUGGAUAUACUCACACACCAUUAUUCUGCAAAAACUGAUAUUUUAUUAACAAUGUUAUCAGCAGAAAGAUACACAAACACUAUACAGAAUAUCAUAGUACUAAAGAAAUUUGAUAAAAAAUUUAUAAAAGUUUCAAACUACUUAAAAUUAAUGCUUAAAAAUA